GUCGCCAUCAACAAGGACUCGUGGUGCGACAACUACCAGUCCAGCGCCCCCUCCGUCUCUGUUACCUACAACAAGGCCGGUCUCAACCCCAUCAAGGUUGCCUCCAACAAGUCCAUCAUCGGAUCCGGCUCCAAGGGUGUCAUUGUCGGCAAGGGUCUGAGAAUCGCCGGUGCCGAGAACGUCAUCAUCCAGAACAUCAAGAUUGAGAACAUCAACCCCAAGUACGUCUGGGGUGGUGAUGCCAUCACUCUCGACACCACCGACAACGUCUGGAUCGACCACGUCACCACCUCCAAGAUUGGCCGCCAGCACCUUGUUCUCGGCACCUCUGCCUCCGGCAAGGUGACCGUCUCCAACUCCGAGUUCGAUGGCCAGAGCGACUACUCCGCCACCUGCGACGGCUACCACUACUGGGUCAACUACUUCGCCGGCUCCAGCGACACCAUCACCUACAUGAACAACUACAUCCACCACUUCUCUGGCCGUGCCCCCAAGGUCAACGGAAACUCCUUCGUCCACGCCGUGAACAACUACUGGUCCGACUCCACCGGCCACGGCUUCGAGGUCACCUCCGGCGGCUACGUCCUCGCUGAGGGCAACGUCUUCAGCAACGUCGCGACCGUCAUCGAGGCCGGCGGCGACGGCGCCACCCUCGCCAUCACCUCCUCCAACGCUGCCGACUGCUCCUCCAAGAUGGGCCGCUCUUGCCAGGCCAACAGCUUCUCCAGCUCCGGCACCUUCACCGGCACCGACACCAGCGUCCUCAACAAGUUUGGCAGCGCCGAUAUCCCCGACGCCGUUGCCGCCUCUUCCGUCUCCAGCAGCGCUGCUGGGUACGGCAAGAUCUAA